ACCGCCCGCCCCCGCCCCGCCCCGGUCAGCUGGGUUCCGCGUCCAGCCGGCUGCGGAGCAUCCCGGGCGGCGCGAACGGCCCAGCCAUGUCCGCGGCCAUGAGGGAGAGGUUCGACCGGUUCCUGCACGAGAAGAACUGCAUGACUGAUCUCCUGGCCAAGCUCGAGGCCAAGACCGGAGUGAACCGGAGCUUCAUCGCGCUCGGUGUCAUCGGACUGGUGGCUUUGUAUCUGGUGUUCGGUUAUGGAGCCUCUCUCCUCUGCAACCUGAUAGGUUUCGGAUACCCAGCCUACAUCUCAAUGAAGGCCAUCGAGAGUCCCAACAAAGAUGAUGACACCCAGUGGCUGACGUACUGGGUGGUGUACGGUGUGUUCAGCAUUGCCGAAUUCUUCUCCGAUCUCUUCCUGUCCUGGUUCCCCUUCUACUACAUGCUGAAGUGUGGCUUCCUGCUGUGGUGCAUGGCCCCCAGCCCGGCUAACGGGGCUGAGAUGCUCUAUCGGCGAAUCAUCCGUCCUGUCUUCCUCAAGCACGAGUCCCAGGUAGACAGUGUAGUGAAGGACGUGAAGGACAAAGCCAAAGAGACUGCAGAUGCCAUCAGCAAAGAAGUCAAGAAGGCUACGGUGAACCUGCUGGGCGAUGAGAAGAAGAGCACCUGAGUCCUGGCGCCCCUCCCCCACCCGCUCCCUAGAGCUCCGUGUCAUGCUAGGGACAGUGGCACAGUCGUUGGAUAAUGUUGCCUUGGAAACUUCCCAAUGUAUUAAAAAUGGAAUGUGUUGUAAGCUGUUUUGCUUUUAUUGUCGUAUAUGUAGAGAGCAUUUUCGUUUAAAUCUAACAGAGUGGGCAGUACCUCAAAUGUUUAAAAUAUUUUGCUGUGUAGGAAGACAUGUCACUAUACUCCAGGAAAUACAAAUGAGGGUUGAGAAUCUCCGUCCGUAGGCCCCGUGCUCUGCGGGGCUCACCCUGCAUGCGUCUCCUUGUGCUUACAGUUAGGAAACCUCUGUGGUUGUGCUUCAUGCAGUGUAUGAUUUUAUAUAUAUAGUUCUGUGUCUUAAUGUAUCUGCGCAUAUACAUAUAUAUGGAAAAUGUUAUUGUCUGGCUAGAACACGCACAGUGCUUGCAAGGAAGAGGCCAGGAGAGGCUUGUAGACGCCACCAGUGACCUGCGAAGCGAGACCACCUGCCGAGGCUGGAGGUGUGAGCUUCCAAGUAAUGUUUCAGAAAUCGAUGCAAGCGAGUAAGACUCGAACCUGUGAUCAACUCCAGUUCCCCAGGAAACCGUGGCACCAUCUCACCUGCUCCUCAUCUGAGAUGCUGAAAUGCCAGCCGUUCAUGGUUUACCUUAAAUCUGGGUAACAAGGUCCUUAGUCCUCUCCUCCCCAAACUCUUUAAAAACUAGUUCAAGGCACCUCCUAAGACAGACAGCCCACCUCCUAAGAC